AUGGUGGUACCAACCUGUUUUUUAACCAUUCCGGCGCUGGCGACUACCGUCAUCGAGUCUGGCUAUCGAGUGCCCGCCACUCUUGCCUAUGCGCCGACGAACACGGACUAUUUUGGUGCGACAUCGUGUGGGCUGAGCUCCUUGGUCACAACGACGUGGCCCCCCACAGAAAAAGCCCGAUGCACCCUCCCUCCUUCGGUUUCUGGCCAGGCGUAUUCCGUCACACCUGUCGUCUAUGUCCCACGAGCUGCUCCGGGACACACCGAGCCCUGGGACUACAGCAAGCUUGAUAACUACACCUGCGAUCCCAUCUCGCCAGCUAGCAUCAACAAGGGCAGCUUCCAGUUCGCAUGCAAGGACCUACGCGGGAAGGACAUGGGCCAAGGCUUUCACACAAUUAGCUGGGUCUUGCCUACCGCCGUCGGCAUCUCCAUUUCCACUUACCACUUCAAUGCCUACCCGCCCAUCUCAACGCCGACGUAUGUGGUCAAUACGGCGAAGGCCAAGACAACUCUGGUUCCGACGACCAGUGCAGUUGUGACGACCACGCGGACGGUGACUGCGGUAAGUACGGUUACCGUGAGGACUACCACGAGGACGACAACUUGUUUCUACACUGCCACGGUCACGCCCACACCCACACCACCGCCAGUCUCUGGCCGUGGUGUCGGCCGGCCCGGCAGCUCGAACCCCCAGCCCGACUCGGACUCCGAGCUACCCAUAUCGGACUCGGAGUCCGCGGUCAUGGACCUGAAAGAACGGGCAGUGUCUGCCGCGCCUACGAUCGGCAAACCAGACGUCACAUACCCGCCGUAUGGAGUAACCACAAUCUACGUCAAGAGCAUCAGCACCUCGCUCUACACCAUCACGACGUACUCCACCUCUUUCCGGGCCAGUCCAGUUAUGACUACCACCAUUUCGGUCGCGUCGUCCGUGUUCAGUACUGUCACAGUUACGGCCACACCUGUCUCUAAAUCGACGUCCUGAGCCCGAUGUGAGCCUUUGGCCUCGGCGGCUGUCGUUGGCCUUGACGACGUUCACGGAGCCAGGCACCAUGUCAAGAGACACGACUCGCAGCAUCCAUCUGGCCAGCAGGAGUACUCACCACCAGAGCAGCUUUCUCGGCUCUUUUCACUUCUUUCCCUAAUAGAGGUUCGGUGUACUUCUGUACUUGU